GUUAUAAAUAAGGAAUUGGGAACUUCCAGGAGGUUUUUUCCCUAAUAUUUAGUAAUGCUACUAGUCGUGUCUACUAAUUUCAAUAUAGUUAGGUUUUUAUUUAAACAAUAAAAUAAAUGUGCUGUCUUUAACUUGGAACAACGUAAUUGUGUGCAGUAUACAUCGACAUGCCUCUGAGUUAUUAUUUUAAAAUGUAAACGUAGCUAACAAGAAACAAGAACAACCGCUAAAACAUAUUCAAAUCAGAAAUUGCCGGAACUUGUUUUGAGCUUUGCAGUGUUUCACGCCGGACUCAUUUACUGUAUACGUUGCGCGGUUGUGCCUUCUAUUCUCCUUGAUGGUUCUUGUUUGCAUGUGCACAUUGAUACAUAUUAUCUGCAUAACUCAGUUACGAAUUUAAACAAAUUUCGGAUGUAUUGUUUCUCAAUCAGUUCAAUGUCCAUAGACAAGGCACGCUGAGGAAAAGUAACGAGGAAGAACGCCAUUCCCGCAUUUUAGGUCUCUUGCCGGACGGUCAACCGGCGCACUGCAAACCAUCUGGUGCCAUCGUACACUCAAAAAAUGCGCUGAAAGAUUUAUAUAGCCGCAAGCAGUCGUCUGUGCUUUACGUGGUUAUUAUUUUCGGCGUUGUAAGAAAUACAAAUACUUCAAAAUGGCAAUCUCGAUGGAAACUCAACUCCAGAGCAUCUUCGAAGAGGUGGUGAAAACUGAGAUAAUAGAAGAAGCAUUUGCUGGCAUGUUCUUGGACACCCCUGAAGAUGAGAGAACCAAGCUAAUCAGCUGUCUUGGUGCUUUCCAGCAGUACUUAAGCACUCUUCCACAGGAAUCCCACGACCAGUGUGUCCAGUGGAUUGUAAGAUUCAUUCAUAGCCAGCACAGUCCAAAACGUAUAUCAUUUCUCUAUGACUGCCUGGCAAUGGCUGUGGAGAAAAACCUUUUGCCUCCAAGGAUGGUCUGUGAGGCUUUGAUCAACUCUGACAGUCUAGAGUGGGAAAGAACACAGCUGUGGGCUUUGACAUUUAAAUUAAUUAGAAAAAUCAUUGGUGGGGUUGAUUACAAGGGUGUGCGUGAUCUAUUAAAAGCAUUGCUGGAGAAGAUACAGUCUAUUCCAAACACUGUGAGUUCUGCUGUGGUACAACAGCUUUUAGCAGUUCGUGAGGUCGUGGAAUAUAUUUUGGAUAGAAAUGCCUGUCUUUUGCCUGCUUAUUUUGCCAUUACGGAAAUCAGAAAACUAUAUCCCGAAGGAAAACUAUCACACUGGUUACUUGGAAGCCUGAUUUCGGAUUUUGUUGAAAGUUUUCGACCAACUGCAAGAAUUAACUCCAUUUGUGGAAGGUGUAGUCUUUUACCUGUGGUUAAUAACUCGGGAGCCAUUUGUAAUUCUUGGAAGCUAGACCCAACAACUCUUCGUUUUCCUCUACGAGGCCUUCUACCAUUUGAUAAGGAUCUCUUUGAGCCACAAACGGGUCUGUUACGAUAUGUUCUGGAGCAGCCUUAUUCUCGAGAUAUGGUCUGCAACAUGCUAGGCCUCAACAAACAGACCUUGAACAUUGCUCAGCAUAAGCAGCGCUGUCCUGUGCUGGAAGACCAGCUGGUGGACCUGGUGGUUUAUGCAAUGGAGAGGUCUGAAACUGAGGAGCAGUUUGACGAUGGUGGAACCAGCCAAUUGCUUUGGCAGCAUCUGUCCAGCCAGCUUAUUUUCUUUGUACUCUUUCAAUUUGCCAGCUUCCCUCAUAUGGUUUUGUCACUCCAUCAGAAGCUGGCAGGUCGUGGCCUCAUUAAAGGAAGGGAUCAUCUGAUGUGGGUACUACUACAGUUUAUUUCCGGAAGUAUUCAGAAGAAUGCACUGGCUGAUUUCCUCCCUGUGAUGAAAUUAUUUGAUCUUCUGUAUCCAGAGAAGGAGUGUAUUCCAGUUCCAGACAUUAACAAACCUCAGUCUACACAUGCCUUUGCGAUGACUUGUAUUUGGAUCCAUCUCAACAGGAAAGCUCAGAAUGAUAACUCCAAACUUCAAAUUCCAAUUCCUCACUCUUUGAAACUUCAUCAUGAAUUCUUACAGCAAAGUCUAAGAAAUAAAAGCCUUCAGAUGACCGAUUACAAGAUAGCUCUUUUGUGCAAUGCCUACUCUACCAAUUCUGAAUGUUUCACGUUGCCUAUGGGAGUUCUAGUAGAGACAAUUUAUGGCAAUGGAAAUGUCAGAAUUCAGCUUCCUGGGACAAAUUGUACGGCAUCAGGUUCUGUAACUCCUUUACCAAUGAACCUGUUGGAUUCAUUGACUGUCCAUGCCAAAAUGAGUCUUAUUCACAGCAUUGCUACAAGGGUAAUUAAAUUAGCCCAUGCAAAAUCCAGCAUUGCUUUAGCACCUGCAUUGGUUGAAACUUACAGUCGUCUGCUUGUUUACAUGGAAAUUGAGUCACUGGGGAUCAAAGGAUUUAUCAGUCAGUUACUACCCAAUGUAUUCAAGUCACAUGCUUGGGGUAUUCUGCAUACACUACUUGAGAUGUUCAGUUAUCGGAUGCAUCACAUUCAACCACAUUACAGAGUUCAGCUCCUCAGCCAUCUACAUUCACUUGCUGCUGUACCUCAGACUAACCAGAACCAGCUACAUCUUUGUGUUGAAAGCACAGCUUUGAGGUUGAUCACAGCACUUGGAAGCUCAGAAGUUCAACCACAAUUUACACGUUUUCUUAGUGACCCUAAAACUGUAUUGUCUGCUGAAUCAGAAGAGCUUAAUCGAGCUCUUAUCCUCACUUUUGCCAGAGCAACACAUGUGACAGAUUUCUUCACUGGUUCAGAGUCUAUCCAAGGAACCUGGUGCAAAGAUAUUUUGCAGACUAUCAUGAGCUUUACACCACACAACUGGGCCUCCCAUACUCUUAGCUGCUUUCCUGCACCAUUGCAGGCAUUCUUCAGACAAAACAAUGUCCCACAGGAAAGCCGCUUUAACUUGAAGAAAAAUGUGGAGGAGGAGUAUAGGAAGUGGAAGUCUAUGACAAAUGAAAAUGACAUCAUCACUCAUUUUUCGAUGCAAGGAUCCCCUCCAUUGUUCCUCUGCCUUUUGUGGAAGAUGCUGUUGGAGACGGAUCAUAUUAACCAAAUUGGGUACAGGGUUCUCGAGAGAAUUGGAGCACGAUCAUUGGUGGCUCAUGUUAGGACAUUUGCUGAUUUCCUUGUGUAUGAAUUCUCUACUUCUGCUGGGGGCCAGCAGUUAAACAAAUGUAUCGAAAUCCUCAAUGACAUGGUCUGGAAAUACAACAUUGUCACCUUGGACAGGCUUAUUUUGUGUCUGGCCAUGAGAAGCCAUGAGGGGAAUGAAGCCCAAGUCUGCUACUUCAUAAUUCAACUAUUACUACUCAAACCCAAUGAUUUCAGGAACAGAGUAAGCGACUUUGUGAAGGAGAACUCUCCAGAACACUGGCUGCAGAGUGAUUGGCAUACAAAACACAUGAACUAUCAUAAGAAAUAUCCAGAAAAACUCUACUUUGAAGGCUUGGCGGAGCAAGUGAAUCCUCCCGUGCAGAUUCAGCCACAGUAUCUCCCAAUUUAUUUUGGGAAUGUGUGCCUUCGCUUCCUUCCUGUUUUUGAUAUUGUCAUUCAUCGAUUCCUGGAGCUCCUUCCAGUUUCAAAGUCUUUGGAAACUCUCCUGGAUCACCUGGGAGGAUUAUACAAAUUUCAUGAUCGCCCAGUGACAUAUCUGUUCAACACACUUCAUUACUAUGAGAGACAUCUCAGAGAACGAACAAAUUUGAAACGAAAGCUUGUUCAUGCAAUUAUCAGCUCCCUGAAAGAUAAUAGACCACAGGGAUGGUGUCUCAGUGAAACUUACCUCAAGUAUGCAAUGAAUGCAAGAGAAGAUAAUCCUUGGAUACCAGAUGAUACAUACUACUGCAAGCUUAUAGGACGAUUGGUAGAGACAAUGGCGGGGAAAUCCCCUGGACCUUUCCCAAACUGUGACUGGAGGUUCAAUGAAUUUCCCAAUCCAGCAGCACAUGCUCUUCAUGUGACAUGUGUGGAACUCAUGGCCUUGGCAGUGCCAGGAAAGGAUGUUGGGAAUGCUCUUCUUAAUGUUGUUUUAAAGAGUCAACCUUUAGUUCCAAGAGAAAGUAUAACUGCCUGGAUGAAUGCAAUUGGGCUUGUCAUCACUGCUCUACCUGAGCCAUAUUGGAUUGUUCUCCAUGAUCGCAUCGUGAAUGUUAUCAGCAGUCCAACACUUACUUCAGAAACAGACUGGGUUAGAUACCCAUUUCAGCUACUUGACUUCACAGCCUGUCAUCAGUCAUACUCUGAGAUGUACUGUACAUAUGUUCUUGCUCUGGCUCACGCAGUUUGGCACCAUUCAAGUAUUGGGCAGCUGUCUCUUAUUCCAAAGUUCUUGUCUGAGCUUCUGAAACCAGUCGUGAAGACAGAGUUUCAGCUCCUAUAUGUGUAUCACCUUGUUGGCCCAUUUUUACAGCGCUUUCAGCAAGAGAGGACAAGAUGCAUGCUGGAGAUUGGGGUUGCUUUCUAUGAAAUGCUCCAGAGUGUUGACCAGUACAGUAAACACCUGAACCACAUGGACCCAAUUUGUGAUUUUCUUUAUCAUGUCAAGUACAUGUUUACUGGAGACAGCGUUAAAGAGCAAGUGGAAAAAAUUAUUUGCAACCUGAGACCUGCAUUAAAACUCCGGCUACGGUUUAUAACCCACAUCAGCAAAAUGGACCCAACAUCUGCUCCACAGUACACUAGCGUAUCAUCGCCGGCAUCUCAGUCCAACCAGAGUACAGUCAGUGGCCCAAUGACAGUAUCACAGUAACAUCCAAUAGCAAAUAGCAGAAGAGCCAAAGAAGAACAUGUUAAGAGUGGCCUGUUCAGUGUCAUGUGACUGAGUACUUUAAAAACAAUCCUGUCAUCAAAAACAAAUGUGGUUGUCCUUUGAAACCAGAUGGGAUUCUUGAACAGUUGAUUUUUUGUAUUUUUAUUAUUAUGAUGUAUAUUGCAAAAUUUUUGCUGACUAGCCUUAUAUCAGUACUACUUCUUAGUAGUUUUCUGUUGUCAUAAUUGAUUAUAGAUAUUUCUUUGUCUUUUUGUGCAAUUUUAAUGCACAUUGUAAAUAACGGUGUCCAGUGUCCUUCAUUCAAAUUUUUUUUCCUCAACUGUAAAGGUGGAAAUAGCUAUAAUCAAACUGUUAAUAUGUGACAAAUGAAAGGUUUCUAAAAAUGUUUAAAACAAAAUCAUUUUUGUAAUUAUCAUGUGAACAAUGGGUAUGUGCCUUGAAAUGGUUAAGAUAAUAUUGACAGUAUUGUUUACAUUGUUGGCAUGUGAUCCUACUACAGUAGUUCUCUGUCUCUGUUCUCACGUGGGGUGAUUUUAAAUGUGUUAAUGGUUUUGACAAAGCCAGCAUUUGGUUAUCACUGACACGUCUCCUAUUUGCUGUUUUUAAGGAAUGCCAAAACUCAUUGUUGAUGGGGAAGAAAAGAGGUUUUGUACAGAUGAACACAAGUUCGUGCUUAUUUUCUGUUCAUGUAAAGUUUCACUACUGCAUGUUCUUCACUGUAUUGCAUUUAGUUUUUUUUUUCGCUUUAUAAUUUUCAUUACAUUAACAAAAGUUUUUUUGGUACAAGAUUUACCUUUUUAUAAGCAAAUGAGAGCCACUGAGGUUAGAGGAUGGCUGGAUUACAGACACAAGUUCAGUUUGUUUCUUCAUGGCUCCAAUGGUUUUGAAAGCUUGUUAUUAUCAUUUUGAUGGUGUACAUUUUUCAUGAAUAUCUGAUCUUGUGCACCUACCUCACUUUUAAUGGUGAUUCUGUGACCAUAUUGUUUGAGGAUAUUUUUUUUUUUUUUUUACAGCAAGUAGUUCUAAGAACGGGCCAAAUCAUCAUGAUUAUGAGCACCUUUGUAAUGGUUCCUCUCAACUGAUUUGUAGAACUUGCAUCUUUUUUCAGUCUAAUGAUAGCCAGUGGAGAUCUUAUUGUACUCACCUCAUGGUUCAAAUGGCAACUUCAAACUGGUAGUUUUGCUUUUAUGUCUGUCGCUCUGUUUUGUAUUUGCACAUUCCCACUGUGCUUACUAGACACUACAUUCAUUCAAAUGAUGUGCCCAGUUAGCAACUGGACUAGACCUCUAUGUACUUGGCUGGCCUGGUGGUAACCUGCCAACUAUCUCGAACAUCUCACAGUGAUUACAGUAAAGGGAGAGAUCUUGGCUGAGAAGUGUGUACUCUUUAUACCUGAUGCUAUAUUUACAUCCUUUUUAAGGCCCUGUGACCCUGGAUUGGUUUAAGUUUGUUUUAAGACUAUUAUUUUGUGUUCAUCUCAUUUUCUAUCUGCUCAGAAAAGUGGAAAGAUUGUUUUCUUAUGCCAGUCUUUCAUUCAAAGUUUAUUUUGAAAGUAUAUGUUUAUCAGUCAGUUCAGUUUCAUUUAGUAUAAAACCUAAAAUAACGGGUAAGGCCCAGUUUAUUGGUACAGAUAUGAAAUGAAUGAUAUCUUAAGUCACCAGAACUAUUUUGCAGAAACUAAACAACUUCACUUAUUGUUUAAUUGUAAAUGCUUGCCAGAUCUCUCCAGCAAAAAGUACUAGCUCAGAUGAAACGUUUACGGUAGCAUACAUAUAAAUCAGUAACUGUAAUAAUAAUAAUAUCAUUGUGUAUAGAAAUAAAGGCAAAACUCCAGUAGUGAUGGAUACCAGGAGGAGCUUGCCCAAAUAUCUCACCAACCUUAUGCACAAACAUUUGUCGAAAGAAAGAAUACUGGAUUGAUUUCUUGAGGAUACGGUGUAAACCCUUUCAUAUCCGUGUUUACUGCAAAUCUGUGAGUGAGCGCUGGAGUGCCCAUCUGUUGCUAUGAAGAAGAAUGCGAGACUUCAUCCGGCAACUUCCACUGAGAAUCAUGUGUGUGGGUGUGCGCUUGAGUGUGCUGGCAGGCGCGGACUUUCUGUUCUGUUUCCUGUUUUGAACUUGAAACUUCAAUCUGAAGCUUUCUGCAUUAUGUAAAACAAUAAUUUUAGUGAGCAAUUCUUCUUUUUAAUAAACAAAGUGAUAUUAUUUUGCCAAUACUCUUUAGCAGUUCACUUCUAUUUAAACCCUGCACCACACAGCCACAAUUUUGCCGCCUUCUUUAUUAAAAAGGUUAUAUAGAUGUGACCAUUUAAUAUUGUCCAUUACAUAAUCAUGCAUCCUUGAAGCUGUCAUUGUAAUCAUUUCUUGCAGAUCAAAUAUUAUGUAAAAUGUAAGUACAAAUGUAUUUAAUCUUUUUUGUAUAUGCAGUAUAUAAUUCAUGAUUGUCAAAACAAGUCUUAAAAUGAUCAGGCAGACUGUACUUAUUAAAGAUCCUUAUUUUUUUAUU